GAUAAAGGCGGGCCAGUAAUUGAAAUAAUCAUGGAUUUUAACGCAUCGUCGGACAACUACGUCUGCGAUUUAUCGUCGUUUCACUCGUAUUACUCGCAGCUGCACGGAUGGAUCUCUCUGUUCGUUUGUAUCUUCGGCUCGGUCGCCAACGUUUUGAACAUUCUCGUUCUGACACGCCGUGAAAUGCGAUCGCCGACCAACAUCAUUUUAACCGGGCUGGCUAUAGCAGAUUUGCUCGUGAUGAUCGAUUACAUACCGUACGUGAUCCAUCUUUACCUGUAUCAGCGAUCGAGGAGGGACACCUUCAGUUACGGAUGGACCAUUUUCGUCCUGUUUCAUUCGAAUUUCGCGCAGGUUUGUCAUACCAUUUCGAUAUGUUUAACAUUAAUACUGGCAGUGUGGAGAUACGUGGCGGUAGCAAGGCCACAGCAAAACAGAGAAUGGUGCAGCUACAGAAGAACUAUCCUUGCCAUUUUGAUCGCGUACGUUUUCUGUCCCGUGCUCUGUAUACCUGUAUAUAUCACGACGGAAAUGAGAGAGCAAGUGGAAAUCCUAGAUUCGAAUGGGAUGAGCAUAAAGGAUCGAAACGAAAGUUUGAUCGGGAACACGACGAAUACAACCCUUUACUUUGUUCGACUGACGGAAAUGGCGGAGAAUCAUGCCAUUUUGAAGCAACUUAAUUUCUGGGUUUAUAGCGUGGUAAUAAAACUUUUCCCUUGUGUCAUCCUAACGAUUGUCAGCUUGAAACUUUUGCAAGUUCUACUAGAGGCAAAACGAAGGAGGCACAAGCUGACUAAUAUUCAAGAGCAACAUACCAAAAAAAGGAAAAGCUAUCAAAGAGCGGACAAAGAGCGACAAACUGAUAGAACUACGAUAAUGUUGCUUGUAGUGUUGCUGCUCUUUCUGUUGACAGAAUUACCACAGGGAAUUUUGGGACUUUUUAGCGUGCUCCUUGGCUCAGAAUUCUUCUCGAGUUGCUACUUGAUGUUAGGUGAUAUUAUUGACAUGUUAACGCUAGUAAAUUCAGCCAUAAACUUCAUACUAUAUUGCACUAUGAGCAGACAAUUCAGAAAAACGUUCAAGAAACUUUUCUGUAAAAGUUGGAAAAUUCCUAGGAACAUCGGAAAACAUAUUUGUAUGGAAAAUAAUGGAAAUACAGGCACAAAUCAUACUGUGACACAAGUAACACAAGUAUAGUUAAAAAGAAAAUGGAGAGCUUCUCUUCUACCAUCUACAAAACAUACAUCUAACGAUUGUGUUUUUUGAAACAAGUAAAGUAAUUAAAUAAUAAAAUUACCUUACUUGUUAU